UUGUGAAGCUACACAACUAGGACUUGCAGCGGAAAACGACUACCACGCGUUGCAUGGAGAGGUUAGGUCCUGCAUGCAACUCCGCCGCCCGUAAAUCUCCUACUGACAGCUCUACCCCUCGAUUUGCAGAUACCGAUGUAUAACCCGAGGACAAAACGGUAAUCGUUGAUACUCCGAGCCGGACAUAAAACCAUCCAAGAACAAAGAAGAGAACCACCACCGGAAAAAUGGCCGGACCACCUCUACCUCCACCUCUUCUAACGUGUUUGGUGGGUGUUGCAGUCUUAAUCUGCGCACUAACCCUCUGUGUUGCCCUAGAUGUCAGCCCCCAAGACCCAAUCAUCCACCAAGUCACAGACCAUGAUACUAAUAAGCUCCUUGGAACCGAAAAAGAGUUCAAGAUUUUCAUGGAGAAGUAUGGGAAGAAGUACCCUACUAUGAAGGAGUACAUGCACCGCCUCGGUGUUUUUGCCAAGAACAUGAUCAGAGCCGCCGAGCACCAAGCUCUGGAUCCGACGGCGGUUCACGGCGUCACGCCGUUCUCGGAUCUGGAGGAGGAGGAGUUCAAGAGGAUGUACACCGGCGUAAGAGGUGCGCCCGGCUUAACCAACGGCGGAGGCGGUGCGGGAAGCACGGUUGAGCUUCUGGAUGUUAGCGGGUUGCCUGAGAGUUUUGAUUGGAGAGAAAAAGGAGCUGUUACUGAGGUCAAGAUGCAGGGUGGCUGUGGGUCAUGCUGGGCCUUUAGCACAACAGGAGCUAUUGAAGGAGCCAAUUUCAUUGCCACUGGGAAGCUUGUUAGUCUCAGUGAACAGCAGCUUGUUGACUGUGAUCACCAGUGUGAUGCAAAAGAGAAAGAUGCAUGUGAUCGUGGUUGUGGUGGCGGACUUAUGACAAAUGCCUACAAGUAUCUAAUGGAAGCAGGAGGGUUGCAAGACGAGGUUUCAUACCCUUAUACGGGGAAAAAGGGCGAAUGCAAAUUUAAUCCUGAAAAAGUAGCCGUGAGAGUAACCAAUUUCACCACUAUUCCCCUUGAUGAGAAUCAGAUUGCAGCGAACUUGGUCCACAAUGGUCCUCUUGCCAUUGGCUUGAAUGCUAUGUUCAUGCAAACCUACAUUGGCGGUGUGUCAUGCCCUCUUGUUUGUUUCAAGAAAUGGGUGAACCACGGUGGUUCACUUGUUGGAUAUGGUGAGAGUGGCUUCUCGAUUCUCAGGCUCAGCAACAAGCCGUAUUGGAUCAUCAAGAAUUCAUGGAGCGCAAAAUGGGGAGAACAUGGUUAUUACCGACUUUGCCGAGGCCAUGGCAUGUGUGGGAUGAAUACCAUGGUGUCUGCAGUUGUGACCAGUACGCGGGCAUCCUAGCUGCAUCUCCCGAGAUUAGCUAGUAUAUAAUUAUACACUAUAAUAUUAUAUGCACCUCUCCCUUGUUUUUUCUUAAUCCGAAUUUGAUGUUCCUAUAAUCAUAUUUCAACAAUAUUAUUGUUAAU